CCAUCGACCACCCGAUCUCACCUCUCUCAAGCGCAGCUGCAAUGCGCGAUGGACGAUUUUGCGUACCUCUUUUAUACGGCAAAGAACGUCACGGCGGCGUUCGACAAAUACGUCGCUACGAACUACGUCCAGCAUAAUCCCAACAUCGCGGAUGGUCGGGCCGCCGCGAUCGCUGCACUUGAGCCUCUCUUCAGCAGUCCGACUACUUCGUUUGACAUCGCCCGUGUUAUGGUCGGUCCUGAAUACACCGUCAUACACAUCAAGGCGAUCACUACGGGGCAACCCAAUUAUAAUGUCUACGACGUCUACAGGACCGAAGGAUCUUGCAUCGUCGAGCAUUGGGACGUCAUGGCCGCUGCGACCGUCGACAACACUACCGUCAGCCCCCAUCCUUACUUCUAG